AUGGGCGCAUACAAAUACGUUACGGAACUCUAUAAGAAGAAGCAGUCCGAUGUUCUGCGCUUUCUCCUUCGCGUGCGGUGCUGGGAAUACCGUCAACUAAACGUCAUCCACCGCGCCUCACGACCUUCGCGCCCCGACAAGGCCCGUCGUCUGGGAUACAAGGCCAAGCAGGGCUAUGUCAUCUACCGCGUUCGUGUCCGCCGCGGUAACCGCAAAAAGCCCGUACCUAAGGGUGCCACCUACGGCAAGCCUGUUCGCCAGGGUGUCAAUCACCUCAAAUUCCAGCGUGGACUGAGGAGCGUUGCUGAGGAGCGUGUUGGAAGGAGAUGUGGCAAUUUGCGGGUCCUCAACUCUUACUGGAUUAACCAGGAUGGUGUCUACAAGUACUACGAGGUCAUCCUCGUGGAUCCCAGCCACAAGGCUAUCCGCCGCGAUCCUCGUAUCAACUGGAUCGUCAACCCAGUUCACAAGCGUCGCGAAGCUCGCGGUCUCACUAGCAUUGGGAAACAAAACCGUGGGCUUGGCAAAGGCCAUCGUCACAACCACACCCCUGCCCGUUCGACUUGGAAGAAGCACAACACUCUGUCGCUCCGCCGCUACCGGUAA